AAGGGAGAGCAAAGGGGACUCGUGACCACAGUUGGGGGGCGGGGCAGGAAGCAGAAGUGAGGAGAACUGUGGCCUGGGUGAUGAGCUAUGUGGUGAGCCUUUCUGGGGGGCUGCACUACCAUUUCAACAGCCUCCUGCCAGGAGAGAGGGUGACUGCCUAGGAGCAGCUCAAAACAGGACUCCAGCUCCAUGGCCUCCCCAGUGCUCCUCCUCAGCAUCCUCCUCCUGCUGCUGCCCACGCCCGCCCCCGCCCCCUGCUACACGGCUGCGCGCUCUGAGUGCCGACGCAAACUCAAGUUCGUGCCAGGCGCCUGGCUGGCGGGGGAGGGCAUGGAUGUGACCAGCCUCCAGCGUUCACGCUCCUUUCCGGUGGACACACAGCACUACCUGCGACCUGACGGCACCUGCACCCUCUGCCAAAAUGCUCUGCAGGGGGGCGUUCUCCAGCGCCUGCCCCUGGCGCUCACCAGCUGGCGCGCCCAGGGCACCAGCUGCAAGCGCAAAGUGCUCAGAGAAGAGGGCCGCUCCACCGAGGAGGUGGCUAAGGAGGCAGCCAGCAAUAUCCGCAACGACUGGCGGGUAGGGCUGGACGUGACUCCCAAGCCCAGCACCAAUGUACAGGUGACUGUGGCGGGCUCCCACUCCCAGGCAGCCAACUUCGCAGCCCAGAAGACUCACCAGGACCAGUACCGCUUCAGCCUGGACUCAGUGGAGUGUCGCUUCUACAGUUUUCACCUGGUGCACACGCCCCCACUCCACCCUGAGUUCAAGAAGGCCCUCAGGACGCUGCCCCCCCACUUCAACACCUCCACCGAGCCCGACUACCUGAGGCUCAUCUCCAGCUACGGCACCCACUUCAUCCAGUCCAUGGACCUGGGUGGCCGCAUCACGGCCCUCACUGCCCUGCGCACCUGCGAGCUGGCCCUGGAAGGGCUCACGUCCAAGGAGGUGGAGGACUGCUUGUCCGUCGAAGCUGAGGUCAGCAUAAGUGGCCGAGCCAGCUCCUCGGCGGCGUACAAGGCGUGUGAGGACAAGAAGAAGCAGCACAAGAUGGGGUCCUCCUUCCACCAGGCCUACCGGGAACGCCAUUCUGAAGUCCUUGGGGGCCACCACACGUUCACACACGACCUGUUGUUCGGGAACCAGGCUGGGCCUGAGCAGUUCUCGGCCUGGGUGGCCUCAUUGCCGGACAGCCCCGACCUGGUGGACUACACACUGGAGCCCCUGCACGUGCUGCUGGAGAGCCAGGACCCGCGGCGGGAAGCGCUCCGGCAGGCGGUGAGCAAGUAUGUGACGGACAGGGCGCGCUGGAAGGACUGCAGCCGCCCGUGCCCCCCGGGACAGCGGAAGAGCCCCCAGGACCCAUGCCAGUGCGUGUGCCAUGGCUCAUCGGCCACCAAUCAGGACUGCUGUCCCCGGCAGAGGGGCCUGGCCCGGCUGGUGGUCAUGAACUUCGUGGCAACGGGUCUGUGGGGAGACUAUUUCACUGCCACGGACGCCUAUCUGAAGGUCUUCUUUGGCGGCCAGGAGCUGCGGACCAGCACCGUGUGGAACAAUAACCAUCCCCAGUGGAUGAUACAGCUGGACUUCGGGGAUGUGCUCCUGUCCACGGGGGGGCCCCUGAGGGUACAGGUCUGGGACGCGGACUAUGGCUGGGACGAUGACCUUCUUGGCACCUGCGACCGGACACCACAGUCUGGCUCACACGAGGUGAUGUGCGCCUUGAACCAUGGCCACCUGAAAUUCUCCUACCAUGCCAAGUGCUUGCCUCACCUGACCGGGGGGAAGUGCCUGGAGUACGCCCCCCCGGGGCUUCUGGGGGAGCCUCUGGGAAACCGGAGCGGGGCAGUGUGGUGAGGACAGCGGGCCCCCAGAGGACCAGUGUCCUGGACUGACAGGGUCUCAUGCAGGGACCCAGGAACUAUCUUCAUAUCCCAUUAGAUAGCUGGAAAACUGAGGUUGUUUUAUUUUGUUUUGUUUUGUUUUCAAUGAGGUGGCUGAUUUUACAGGGCAGCCCCGAGUCUCCCUGUAUGAAUUACCUUUGCUUUUCGAUAUUCCUGAGCCCCAGAAAUGAACGGGGGCUGGGCCACGCCCUACAGCCACUGCUACACAGUCCCCGGCUCAGGUCAGGAGCUGGGCAGAAGGCCAAGAGGCGGCUCCCACUAGGCCGCCUGGUGUCAUUCACACCAUUCUCUCGCAGCCCUUUCCAGCGUGGUCAAUUCUUCACCAUAUUUGAUCUAACCUCUCUGGCUCCAGCUAUGGUUUGCUCUAUUCCCUUUGCCCAGCAAUUUUGCCUCUCAAGACAAAUCCAGGGCUGUCUUGACCUGUCUCGUUGUGUACAUAGCCCGACAAAGGAUGAAUAAAUGUGAUGUGAUAGUGAC